ACCGGCCCAACGACUCUCGGGCAGCGCAGGGACGCGCCGCCGCGCCCGCCCCUGGACCCCCGGGGCUCGACGACACGAGGUCUCCACUCCAGGGCAGGGACCACACUCUUUUAAGGCCCUUCUCCCUGCCGCCUUUGAUCAGCCUCACCAGGACCGCAGCAGGGCCUCUGGGAGAGAGAACCGAUAGGCUUCCUCAGCCUCAGCACUGGGGACAGCGCCUUAAUAGAGUCAAGGGUUGCCUUCUACUCCAGCUUCAUCGAGCGGAAGGGGCUGAGAAGGAUACCCGAGCCCAGCCUGCCAUCUUCCCUGGCCCCAAGGUGGCAUGAACUAGCGAUUGUAAGCAACCAGCGCUGAUGCCCGGCCCCCAGGGGGGCACAGGAGCCCCCACUAUGAGCCUGGGCAAGCUGUCUCCUGUGGGAUGGGUGUCCAGUUCCCAUGGAAAGAGACGCCUGACAGCAGACAUGAUCAGCCCCCCACUUGGGGACUUCCGCCACACCAUGCACGUGGGCCGUGGUGGGGACGUCUUUGGCGACACCUCCUUCCUCAGCAACCAUGGAGGCCGCUCUGGAAACACCCACCGAUCACCCCGAAGUUUCCUGGCCAGGAAGCUCCAGCAGGUGCGCCGAGUUGGGGUGCCACCUCGAAGGAUGGCUUCCCCGGCUGCACAGUCACCCGCUCCACCCCCCAUCUCACCCAUCAUCAAGAAUGCCAUCUCCCUGCCCCAGCUCAACCAGGCCACCUAUGACAGCCUGGUGGUGGGCAAGCUCAGCUUUGACAGCGCUCCAGCUAGCUCCACGGAUGGCCACUCGGGUUAUGGCCUAGAGUCUGGAUUCUGCACCAUCUCACGCCUGCCACGCGUGGAAAAGCACGGCAACCGUGAACGUGAACGUGAACGUGACCCAGACCAUUCUCAAGACCAAGAGCAAAGUUCUUUCCCCUCCGAGCCUAACCCUAACCCAGAGCUUCGACGCUCUGACUCUCUUUUGUCCUUCCGUCUUGACCUUGAUCUUGGGCCUUCACUCCUCAGUGAGCUGCUGGGGGUCAUGAGCCUUUCAGAAGCCCCAGCAGCUGAGACCCCAGCCCCUGCUGCCAACCCCCCUGCCCCUGCACCAAACCCUGCCCCUACUGCAAAACCCCCAGCCCAUGCGAUAACCACUGUAGACGCUGUGACAAGCCUUCCAGCCCCUGCUGUGACAAGCCUCCCAGCCCCUGCUGUGACAAGCCUUCCACCUCCUGCUCUGACAAGCCUUCCAGCCCCUGCAGCAAGCUCCCCAUCCUGUGGACAUUUCCCCAAUGGGGUAUCUGCUAUGUUGGGCCCUGUGCCUGAGGUAAAGCCCAGUCCUGUAGGAGAGGGUUCCCAGGUACCCUCCAACAUGGCCUUUGACAGGCGUGGAGCCAGCUGGGGGGCCAACCGGGCCAGCCGCCACUACACUGAGAUGGAUGCUCGGCGGGAGCUGGCAGGGGUGUUACCCCAAGUCCAUGGCUCUUGGGAAAGUCUGAAUGAAGAGUGGAGUGCCUCUCCUGCCAGCGGCAGGGCUCCUGUGCCCAGAGCUCCUGUGCCCAGCACGGUGCAGGCCAAUGCCUUUGAGUUUGCUGAUGCUGAGGAAGAUGACGAGGUGAAGGUGUGAGGGACAGGCCAUGGCUCCAGGUCCUGCCAGCUCUGGGCUCACAGGACAGAGGGCCUGAGUUCAUUUGCCUAACAACUACACCUAGAGACAUGGUCAGCUGCCCAACAGGAGUUGCCCCAAAUCCUUCUUGGUCUAUGCAAGGCUGGCAUGGGUAAGGGGAGGGUCCCUGAUGGCCUGACCCAGCUCCCUCCACUGCCCCUAGGCCCACUAGCCCUUCAGUUCUAACCUAUGCCACCCCCUGUGGCCUGACAGUAUGGCCUUUGUGCCCCAGGCUGCUGCCCUGGUGGGGUAGGGGGUGGGGCAAGCACCACACAGGACCAUUGUCUGUGAGUGGGACUGCCUGCCCCUGCUCAUUGAGAGCCACAGCAGGACUCCACUAUGUUCUCAGUAGCCCGGGUCCAGGCUCCUCCUCAGAUCCUACAGAAAAGUCAAGUGUGACUUCGCAGUAGAUUCUGUCUUCUGUCUACCCUAGACCUGCCUCCCAAGUCUGAUUGUAAAAGCUUUUCUGUUAAGAUCUGUCUGCCCAAGGAGGCAGGCCUCGGGCCCUGCUGAGGUGUGCUUUCUCCUUCUGGGAGUUUGGAAAGUUGAGGACUCCCCCUUCUAGUGUGCCCCCCCCAAGCUAGGAGAGGGGGGCCAGAUGAGGUAAUGAGUAACCAGCCUGGAAUGUUCAACGAUAAGAAGCCCAGGUGGGACCCUUAUCUGCAGUUUCUGGAACACCCUGGCCCCAGGUGCCAGGAACCAUUAUCUGCCCCAUAAUCCCAUGGGGCAGCUUGGCAGGUGCUCAGAUCAACAGGAGGGACACAGGUUCCCAUACACAGGGUGGCACGGGAGCACCCCCCGUCCUCUCUUCUCAGCAGUACUAUACCCCGUGCCUCAGUUUCCUCCCCUGUACCAAAGACGGGGGAGCAUUAACAUGCAUGGAAAGUGCUAACAGUUCUCGCUGUGGAAAUAAUAAAUGGAUUCUUUUAUUUGACCUUGA